AUGGGUUUGAAACUCAACAUUCUUCUGCUGGCGAUUGCGGCCUGUAUCCCGCACAUUUACUCCCGCUUAUCUCUGCUAUACACCUUGGAGACCAACAACCAUCCUGCCAAGCUCUCAAUCCCUCGAGGUUGGAUGACCGAAAGAGGUAACUACGAGAUCAGAUAUGCCGAUAAGUUGAGAAACUGUGAAGAUCUGGUUGUGGACGAGAAAGUGGGUUAUGUGGUGUUUGGCUGCGAUGAAGGUCGAGAUGUCUGGAAUACUGUCAUGGUGAGUUUCCAGCCAUCAACCUUUCUUUCGUCCUUGUGUUCAUGUGAAUAUUCCAGNGGCGUGUUCGGCAAAACUAUACCCAAGAAUGGUCAGCUCUACCUUUACGACUACUCCCGCCCUCAACCAAGUUUGGAAACCAUCCGCCUGCUCAACACUCCCAAGGACUACUCCUUUCACCCUUUAGGCCUCUCCCUGGACCUAUCUACCAAUACUCUUCUCGCAGUCAAUCACGGCACUUCGGGUAGUACAGUCGACCAAUACCACUUCUCCCGCCUUGGAAACUCCGCAACCUUUAUCAAAAGCAUCUCCUCGCCAUACCUCAGAGCCCCUAAUGCUGUGAUCCAGAUCUCGGCCACGGAAGCUCUAGUUACUAAUGACCAUUUCUUCACUCCUAAAGGAUCGAAAGCAUUGAAUAUGGUAGAGACAUAUCUCGGUCUUCCUCUUGGUGGCGUCACGCACCUUGACCUCUCCACCGGAACCGCACAACAGAUUGCCAGAAUUUCCUUUGCCAAUGGAAUCGCAAUGGUGAACGGCUCCACUAUCGCGGUGUCUUCUAGCUCUUCGGCAAAGGUCUUCUUAUACGAGAUGGACAAGAGUGCUUCUCCGCCUACACUUACUUACAAAGAGGCUAUCGCUAUGCCUUUCUGGCCCGACAAUCUGCACAUGUCAGACGGCAAGCUGUUUAUCGCUGGCCAUGCUCAACUUGGUGCCUUGACCAAAUUCUCAGAAAGUAGACAACAUUGCGGUGCUGACACCACUUCUGCCGGGUGUGAUGCCAUAGCACCCAGCUAUGUAGCUCAGUGGACCAGGGAGAAUGGUGUCGAAGAUGUAUAUGUGGGAACAGAGAUCUAUGCUUCUAGUGGUGUCACAAUGGAUGGGAAGAGAGGUGUAGGUGUCAUUUCGGGGUUAUAUGGCAAAGGACUUUUGAUCUGGAACAAGGAGAAGAAGUAG